AUGGAUGAUCAGGACCCGGAGGGCGGAAGCCCCCCCAUACUGCCCGACGAGGGUGGAGAGGAAGGAACUUCUAAAGCAUCGGCACCAGAAGUUGGCCCCUCUGAGAGCCCCAUGUUCGUGGAUCAGGAGUCUGACGAGGACGCCCCUUCUGAAUCCGAUACGCCCGAUCGUGCCUCGCCUCUGAGAGAGUCACCCAUGUUCGUCGACCAGGGACCUGGUGGUACCAACUCACCUGAGGAUGAUGAUACUGCAUCCCCAGAGCCCGUCGGCCAGGGUCAGGAGGAGGCGCAUGCUGAACCUGAGCAACGGGAAGUCGCUGACUCUCCUGAGUCCGAACCUGCCCAAGGUCAGGGGGAAGGUGAUGAGGACAUUGAUGGCAGUGGAUCCGCCGAGGUGGAGUACGAGGACAAUAGCAGUGAUGACCCGGACGCCUGUACUCGGGCAUGUCAAGCGCAAGCGCGAAAUGCGGCAAGACGACUCAGAAUCGCAAACAAGAGAGUCGAAGCGAAGGACCGGAUAAUUGACGACUUACGGGACAAGCUCGCUGCUGCGAAGAAGGAGAUCAAGGAGCUAAGAAAGGAACUCAAGGAGUUCCAAGGGCCAGCUGAUCCGCUUCCGAAGCCGACUUGGAAAGAGUUGCUCCGUAAAUGUCUUGCCAACGAUGGAAACUACUACGACGCAUGGACCUCCAGCUACAGGGCCUUGAAUAUGUCGAUCAACGCAGAGAUGGUCCAUCCACAAAUUCGGUUCAUCGGGAAGGAUAUUGAUGCGAAUAGCCGCUCACGCCAUAACUCCCCGGAUGAUCUGGUAUCUGUAGGCUCAGGAGAGGAAAUCUACUCGGCAAUGCCACCACUUCCGGACAGUAUCAUCUACAAGAUCUUGACGGAACUACUUACCAUGGACGGCCUAGUCCAUUGCUUCUCGCGUCUGGACCCACACUGUCAGCCUGAGUCUUUUCCGACUGAGCGGCAGCUCACGCGGCAGCUCAGGAAGGUUGCCACUGGAAUCCGCGGCCGCUUCUUUAUCUCAAAAGAGGAUCGAGUCUCAAUCAGUCUAACUCACGACACGGAGGACCCGGGAACUGUGCUCGCCGCUCUGUGCGUAAGCCGCAAAUUUGCAUGGUACGGCAUUCACAUCUUCUAUGGAGUCAAUUCAUUCAGUUUCUCCUCGUUCGGAGAGAUGGAUAGAUUCGCGACAGGAUCGGGUCCUGCGAGAUGGAGUCCGUCGCUGAAGACUUUGUGCGUUCACAUUUCGGAAUCGAAAAAGAGCGUUAUCAGAAGACCAUACGAACCAGAGUCUCAGAAGGUUUACAUGACGGGCAAGACUGCAGGGCAACCCAAUUGGAGGAUGACAAGAAGCUUGAGGAAUUGCAUGGGCAUGGACUAUAUUUACCAACUUCGUGGCUUGUAUUGGGUGCGUUUUUACGACUUGGACAAGGAGAACGCUGAUCCUCGCAGGAGCCGGGCAAAAAUCCGUGACAAGAGCUUCAAAUUGGACGUCGAGAGGGUCGCGACUCAGGAGAAGGUUCCAUCACGCGCGGAGAAUUCGAGGCUGGAGAACCUCGAUCGCCUUUUCCCUGAUGCAGACUCCUGGACACCCUCGCAAGAAGACUUUGACAGGAUCCGGCCUAUCUACAACGAGGACACCGGUUACGAUAACCGUUGCAACGACCUGGACAUUGAUGCUACAUCUUCUCAAGAUACAAUAGGAAGGCGCACUCCUUCUGAUUCGGACUCGGGUGGAUCUGAUGAUGACAACGACCCUGGACCUGCGCUUCAUACGCCGCCACGCCCAUCGCGCAGACGCCGCACGUUCACGCCAGCGCCUGGCCCCGCUGACUUUGAGGAGGAACGUAGUAUUGAGCACGAGGGCAACGAGUUUUCAGAUGGGAAUGAUAAUUGCCAGCAUUCUGGCAGCGAAGAGUCAGCUCAGAAUGAUUCCGUCAGCGAGGAGCCGCAUCACGACAAUUCUGGCAGCGAAGAUGGAGAUAGCGAGGAUGAUGACAAUGAAUCCGUCACCACUGAGGGCCCUGAACAUCUGCCGCUCCCGAAAGCUCAAUCGGAAGGAGGCCUAGUUUCGCACCUGAGCAGCGACAUUGUCGGUGCUCGGCGCCAGAUUAUCGAGAUUGAGGAUGAUGACGAUCUUCAAGAAAUCCCAGAACCGACACCAGCGCCAGCCUCUGCUAGAUUGGCUUCUCGGCUCAGUCUUUUUGUCACUCCCGGAAGUGGCACUUCUGGUACACCCGACCCCAGACGACGGUCUACAAGUGGCUUGCUGGGACGUGGGGAGUCCUCAGUGUCCGUAAUCGACCUGACUCUCGAAGAAAGUGACCAUGAAGUCGAGGUCAUUGAAGACGCAUAUCUCAAGUUCAAGUUUGAGGAAGGUGGCAGCCCAGGCUCAUACGACGAAGGCCUCGAGGAGGUUGACAAUGGCAGUCCGGCUGGCCGCCUGAACCCCGGUUCGAAGCGAGCACGGCUGACGAGUUCUGUCAGUGAAGGAGGCGGAAAGCGCCAAAAGUCGAAUGAGCAUCGCAAUGGGACUGGAAAGAUCUGGUGCAUUUGGCACCCAUCACUUUAUCACUUCCGACUCAAGAACCUGCUCACCAUUAUGACUAACGAACGAUUUUGGGCCAAGGCCCCUGCGAACGACGACUAG